UGCUCUUUGGCUGCGGUUGCUAUGACAACACCUAAUGCUGAAUUUCAAAACAAGAAAUUGUCUUCGAAGGAUGAUCGAUGAUUUUCAAUUUAUUUGUGAUUUCAAACUUGUUUCGAACUUGUAAUUUUGAUUUUAGUAACGAAAUGACUACAAUUCGAGAAUUCAUUUUAAGUGCAACAGAAAAAUUCUACAAUCUGCCACCGUUAAAAGUAGAAGGAAUUAAUGAAGAUAUUUUGGUGGAUUUUAUUCACAAUACCGAAACUCUUGUACUUCAAACGUACAUUGGUGUUGAUGAUAAGAUAACUUUCUUGACAACAAUACAAGGAGAUGCAAAGAAAUGUAUAAUCUUCUAUAAAACAUCCCAUGAAGCUCUGAUCGGGGAAGAUGCCCUAAAUAAUAUAAAUAUCAUAACUAUGAGUGCUGGUGCAGCAGAAUCUUUGUACCAAAUACUAAGACAAAUCUUUAGUCCUUUGCUUACCUCAGGAGGUGAUUUGUAUUCUAAUAAACUUCAGAAAAAUCUAUUAGACUUGCAAACCAACUUAAGAGUCAUUGCUCAUGGAAAAGGCGAUGAGAAUAUUAAAGUAAUAUUAUCUGUAGAGGAUGAAGUGGAAUACUGGCAAACAUUGGGUCAGAAAAGAGACGCUAGUAAAAAAGAAAGAGAAGCAGCAUCAGCAUUUUGUGUUCUAUUUGAAGAUAUUUGUGAAGAAAUUAGAUCUCUACAAUCCAGCCCUAUGCAAGAAGUAAGAGAUUCAGUUGAGAACAUAGCAGGCAUAUUAGAUGACAUUUGGAGAUACACAGCAUUCCCUUAUUCACAAGAUAGAAUGGUACAUGUGUUUGAUAUCAUUGGACAUGUUAUAUGCUCAGUAUUACAAAAAGCAGCUUUAAAUGUGGACAUAUGGACAGUCUACAACGGAAUGAAAGACAGUGAAAUUGUAGUCUUACUAUCAGAAGCACUCAAUGCAGUACAAACUUGGAUUAGUGCUUGCAAAUCACUCACUUUCACUUAUUGGCCUAACUAUGCUCUUCACGCUUGGAAAGGAAAACCAUAUGUGCCGAUAUUUUGUAAUAAUUUUCAAGCAAGACUCAAAGAGAUACAUAACAUAAGGUCCACUUACAAUCAGUUGAGCAAACUGCUAACAAAAAGCGAGAGUGCGGAGUUAAACACUGAUCAAUUAUUUGAACCGUUUAAAAAUAUCAAUGUAUGGAUAUACAAUGGCCCAAAUCAAAUUUGGGACAAUGCUGUCGCCGGAUUCUCUGCAAACUUGAGACCUGCGGAGGCUAAAAUUGCUGAAAAAUUAAGGCCACGAAUGCAUAGCACAUCAACAAAACAGAUGCUGUAUGAAUUCAUGAGGUACAAAACGUUAAUAAACAGACCAAUCGUGAAAGAAGCUCUGAGCAACGAGCUAGAGAUAUUCGUGAGCUCGCUCCUUUCUAUGCUCAAAGCUAUCCCUGCGCAAUUGGACAUGGACGAGAUAGACGUGCAGAUGUCCCAGCCGGCGGAGAUGUCGCCGCUGGUGCAACAAGUACAGUGGGCCAAGCAGAUGGAAGCUAAAGUAAAGGAAAUAAAGAAUUGUACUGAAAACUAUCUGACAGAAUUCGAGAAUAGCGCGGAAGUUUUACAGCUGUCUGUGCAAGUUCUCAAAGACCUCAAAACUAUGUACACACAGUUACACGAAGAGUGGUCUAGAGAUUUACAGGCACAGGUAAAACACUCGACUCAAAUAUCUGAGACGAAGCCAGUGGUUGAGUUUUCGAGCAGCGACCGGCUAAUGGUGGUGAACUAUGACCCGCGGCUGGUGCGCGCGGAGGCGGAGGCGCGUGUGUUAGCGGCUUUAGGGCUUCCAGCUCCGAAUCCGGCCACCACUGCCGCCUUGCAAGCGCUCACUGCGCCGCUCAAGCAUGCAAGAGCUUUACAUCAGGUAGCCUCUUUCCACAACACACUGGGCGAGCGUAUGGUCCCUUCCACCCGGCCCAUGAUGCUACAAACGGCGCUCGAGCUCUCAUCUCUUGUUAGCGAUCACCAACCGCUGUACUGGCGUAACGAGGAACAACUGGCCAGCUAUACCGACCAGUUGAAGCAGAUGGUGCUCAAACUAGAGGGACAGAAUGUUUACUUAACCGGGCAACAUAUAGCGAUACGUGGUAUAGUAGAAAAUUUCAUGGACACAGAACUCCUUGCAAAGCAAUCAGAAUGGAAGAGAGGGAUAAAAGACAUACGGGAUAUUAUUGAAAAGGUGGAAGCGAACGGUUACAAAAAUACGGAAAUGUGGCGAUCACACUGGGAUCUGCAACUGUACAAGGCUCUGGAGUGCCAGUACAUCAAAACGUUGCUGUCAUUGCACACGCACUUCCCGAACGUCAGGGUAGAUUUGGUUUUACGAGGUCGCGCCGUCCGCCCGUCCCCACCGUUGGAGGAAAUCCGCGUGCAACACUACACGCAGCUGCGACGCCUUGUCGCUUUGCCAGCGCACUUUAUGGGAUUACAGGCCAACAUCGCCGAUGAGUCCUCUGUGUUCGCUUCUAUAAUAGACAAGCACAGUUGGCUGGGCAACAAAGCAGUUCCUUCACUGGAAGCGGCGCUGUCGGGCGUGGAGCGAACAUGUGCCAAGUGGACGCAGCGUGCAGCGCUGGGCUGCGUCGCCGACCUGGACGCGCUGUGCACAGAGCACUUGAAGGAGCCGGCUGACUGGGAGCUCAACUUCAAAGCGUGCAAGGCUUACGGCCAGGCUGUCGCUAAAAUGAUGUUCGAGGACGAAAAAAUAGAAUGGAUAACUGUUGGAACGGUAACAUUACGUCGCGAAUUCGAAGCCCAAGCGCGUAGCCUGUGGGCAAGUCUCAUGUCGUCCUUGCAAACCAGUUGCCGCGAUGAUGCUGCCGCUGUAGACUCUUUCAUGGCUAAUGCCACGCUAAUGUUGGAGAAUAAAGCUAUACCUAAAAAUGCCAAGGAGCUCGCAGAAAUCAGUGCCAAACAACAGUCGCUGCGAGCCAAAAUGCCUGAGAUGGAGAAAAUGGUGGAAGAUCUGAAGCGCAAAGGACAUCUGUUGCGCACGUGGGGCGGUGAUUCUACUCUCGACAGCACUUUCCGCGAGUGGCACAAACUGCACGAACAAAUGCUCAGCCAGCAGCAGAUGUUUGAGCAUCAGGCUGAAAUUGUAAAAUCAAGUCUAACCGGCGAAUGGAAGAACUUGCAAAGCAACGCAGAGGCUUGGGUGUCUCGCUGGAGUCACGCUAAGGCCCGCCUCGAAGACACUCACGACGCCUCUUAUGCGGAGAUGGUUGACAGAUGUCGCUCUGUGCUCGACGCCGCGGAACAUUGCGACAAGCUUCUAUCCGAGAAGCAGGAGUUGAUGUUAGAAUGUGACAAGUUUAACAUACAGCUUGAAACAUCCGAGACGUGGACUGAAGCGGAAUGCUUAAAAACGGAAUUUCUUCAUUUAUGGGCUACAUUCAAAGAAUUUAAUGACGAAUAUCAAACACUCGGGGAACAAGAAUGGAUAGUAUUCCAGAAAAAGUUGCAUUUACUUGAUGAUUUCAUAAUGAAAUGGAGUGGGCUGCUCGAACCGUAUACAUCAAUUACUUUGUAUAUUAAACAAGAACUUGAUAAGUAUUCUGAUCUUACAACACCAUUGAAAUACUUGCGUGGGUCAGAUUUCACGGAAAAGCACUGGCGAGAAGUGUUUGGCCUGGUCGAGUUGGAGUACGUCAAGCCUGAAACACUACAACUGAAACAUUUAUUGAGCGUUGCACUCAAUAUUAAGAAAAACAUAAAAGCACUACAGAAAAUCAGCAGCGAAGCGUGUAGCGAAGCGUCCGUCAGGAGCACGCUGAACGAGCUGGAGCUGUGGUAUGCCUCCGCUCGUCUCGCCGUCAUCUACUACACGGACAAGGCGCAGCGCCUCACGCCCAUCGUAAAAGAUUUCAAGGAUUUGCUUGCCAAGGUGGAAGAGCAGCAGUGGGCGGUGUCGUCGCUGGGCGCGGAGUGUGCGGCGGGCGCCACGUGGCACGCGCGCCUGCACGCCGCCCGCCGCCUCGCUCGCUCCGCUCAUCAUGCUCAACGCAGGUGGCUUUAUUUAGAGCCCAUACUCUGUAAUGAUGAUGGAGAUCUCGGAUUCAAGUUCCGAAAAGUAGACCAGGGAUUUAAGCAAGUGACAAGAAUCAUCGAGUCUGACCCUCGCCUUUCGGCUCUAGUGCAGUCGCCGAGACUGCAGCCAAUGCUGGAUGCCAUUUCUGAACAAUUAAACGCGUGCCAAUCAGCACUGCAUGAAUAUAUUGACGAGAAACGCUCUAUUUUCCCAAGAUUGUAUUUCUUGAGCGACGACGAUCUGUUAGAACUACUUGGACAAGCGCGCGGCGGCGCUGAAGGCAGGGAGGCGGUAAUGCAGAACCAUUUGAAAAAACUAUUUCCUGGAAUCAUCUGCGUACGACUCGGCCCUGGAGGCUUAUGUAUCACAGCUUUGUGUAGCCAUUACGGUGAAACAUUCCAAUUGGAUCAUCCAGUUGAUAUUGAUUGUUCUGUAGAGAUGUGGCUAAAAAAUCUAGAGCAAGAAAUACGCACAUCGCUACGAAACAUGACCUUAAAAUGCUUAGUUGCAAAUAGCUUGCAAGACCAAGAUCCAUUUUCGCUGCCGACGCAAAUAUUAUGCCUAGCACAAAACAUUAGGUUCACUGAACAGACUGAGAGGGCAAUAAUGUCUAAAGAAUUGCACAAGUUGAAAGAAAAUCUUGAAAACGAAAACUCGUAUUAUGCAUCGACUGAAAUUGAAGGUGAAAGUGAAAAACAUAAAAGACAAGCUCUUAUAUUACAAUGUGCGUAUUAUAUGUCACUAGUGCAAGCUCUUAUUGAAAAUAAUGUCGCGACAACUAACGAUUGGUUAUGGCAAAAGCAACUGAGAUUUUACUUGCUAAGCACUAAGGAAGUUGUGGCUAAAAUGGGAUUGGCGCAGAUUUCAUACUCCUAUGAAUAUCUCGGUGUGAGUACCGGACAAUUUGUGCGUACCGAAACCACGGACGAGAGCUUUCUUAUUUUGACUCAGUCUCUACAUCUUGGGCUAGUAGGCAAUCCGUUUGGUCCUGCUGGAACUGGGAAAACAGAAUCGGUGAAAGCUUUAGGCGGCUUAGUUGGGCGUUUGGUAUUAGUCUUUAACUGUGACGAGGCCAUGGACACCCAGUGCAUGGGGCGUUUGCUAAGCGGAGUAGCGCGCUGCGGCGCCUGGGGUUGCUUCGACGAGUUCAAUCGACUCUCGGCCGACACCCUCGCCGCUGUGUCGCAUCAGUUCGCGUCACUGCUUGCGGCCACGCACAACCGGACACCAACCGUCGAGCCUGUGGCAUUGCUCAACGGAAAGCAGAUUCAAGUGUCGGAGUGGUGCGGCGUGGCAGCAACAAUGAAUCCUUUGGGGCGCGGGUACGGCGGGCGGCGCGCGUUGCCGGCGGCCUUGCAGCACGCCCUGCGGCCGCUGGCGCUGCGCGCGCCGCCUCGCCGCGAGCUUGCUGCGCGGCUGUUGGCCGCUCACGCCGCCGCACAGCCGCAUGUACUCGCCGCUGAUCUGGACACCGUCUUCACACUAGCCAGUACUCUUUUGAGCGGUCAAAGGCAUUAUGACUGGGGUCUGCGCGCUCUGAAGGCGGCGGUGGGCAGCUGCGGCGCAGCGCUCGCGACACACGCGUCUGCACCGCCCGAACAACAACGUGCUCUGUUGCGAAAAGUGCUGCGCCUCAACAACCUGUCCAAGCUUACGCAGUAUGACGCCGAGAGAUUUGAAAACAUUUUGUCUAUGGUUUUCGCCGAGGUACCAGAAGAAAAAGCUUCCAUAGAUCCGAUUUAUUCUUCUCUUGAAGCCACAGUGAAACACCUUGGCUUAGUGCAUAAUAAACUUCAGAUGCAAAAGUGUAUGGAGCUUUACGAACAGUUACAACAAAGAAUGGGAGUAGUAAUAGUCGGUCCACCGGGCUCCGGUAAAAGCACUAUUAGACAAAUGCUUAAAACUGCACUUACAUUGCAAGGAAAGAGCAUUAUGGAGCAUGUGAUAUACCCCAAAGCAAUGAAUCGCAGCUGGUUAUUGGGGCACAUCGAGCUCGACACUCGUCAAUGGACCGACGGCGUUAUGUCCACCAUCGCACUACAAGUGUCCAAUCAGCCCGAUGACGUGUGGUCGUGGGUGGUUUGCGACGGCGACAUCGAGCCGGAAUGGAUCGAAGCGUUGAACUCAGUGCUUGAUGAUAACCGACUGCUGACGCUGCCAUCGGGUUGGCGCGUGCAGUUCUCACACAAUGUCAACUUCAUAUUCGAAACGCAUAGCCUGGAGCACGCAUCACCGGCGACAAUAUCGCGAAUGGGUAUCAUAUUAUUAAGCGAUGAAAGCAACUGUGCUGAGGAAAUUUUGGAAAAUUGGGUACAAAAAACCGAAUUUGAGAAGGAAAGUGCGAAGUUAGCGAUGCCACUGCUGCAUCAAGCAGUGAAGAAAUUCAUACAAUGGCUUAACAAACAUAAAUCUGAUGUCAUUGUUAAACAUUCCUGUAUGUCUUUGGUUAGACAAAUCCUAACUCAAUUUGAAUACAUUGCACAAGAUACAAACUCAACUGCAGUCCACAUCAAUUCCGACGAAAUAGUUUGCUUGGCAGUGCAACGCAGUGUUGCAGGCUUACUGAAAAACAGUGCUGUCGACAGUUUUUAUGAUGAACUUCAGAUGUCACCAAUGAUGGGCGUGGAUGUAAUGGCAAAUACGCACAAUGAGUGGUCGGAUGCGUUGUAUCGCUCCGUGCGAGUGCGUGCGUGCGAGCCGGCCCUGCGCGCCGCGGCGCAUAACUACCAGCACUUUGUUAUUAUCGGACCCGAUUCCUGCGCUAAAAAUACGUUAGCCGAAUACAUACUAAAGGAAUCCAACUCCACCGUAAUAACAAUCGACUGUACUCCCAUUUUAAAGCCAGUGGAUAUUAUUGCCGAGUUAAAAAGAAAAAAUGUGGUAAGUAGCGGCGGACGCGCGGGCGCUAGCGCGAGUCGCGUGACUGUGCUGGUUCGCUCGCUACAUCGCGCAUGUCGAGACUCUUGGGGCUCCUCGUUAGUGCAUUCCUUUUUACUGCAGUUAAUACAGCAAAAUGGAUUCUGGGCGCGAGAGGAAGGUGGUCCGCAGUGGUACAACACGGGCCGCGUCUGUGUCGUCGCCACAGCAACUUCACACGCCCUAUUGUCUCCGCGACUAGCCGCUAUGCUUGUGCCUAUUGUUCUACCUGAGCCAGAGGAAGAAGAACUAUUGGAACUAUCGAGAAAUUAUUUGUCAGAAAGUGUUGGCAAUAAUAUAUCAGAUAAUGAUAUCUCUGUUCUGGCUCGGAACAUGUUUACUUUUUACAAAGAGAUUACAGAAACCUACCACUCAAAGCCACACUACGUCUGGAAUCCUUCGCAUCUUAAGAAAUGGUGUGAGAAUAUUAAAUGGUAUCCAUCAUCUAAUAUGACAGAUUUGCUCAUAGCUAUCAAAAUGGAGGUCAUUAUGAUAUUUCGAGAAAGGCUCGUAACCGACGAAGAGAAGUCUCAAUUCAAUGCCGUACUUCGUAAUUUCCUUAAAACUGAUAAUACCGAAUUGUUCUUUAAACCAAAAGUGCGUGGCGAUGGAGUGUACUUAGAAUCAGUUGAUUAUAAGGAGUGGUACCAAAGUACACAGAAAGUUAUUAACCAAUGCCUAACAGAUGACGAACGCACGUUUGGUGAUACCGGUAUGGAAGUGUGUGCAGAGUUAUCAGUUUUGUGCUCGGCUAUAUCGCUUGCUCUAAACGGCGGUGCCGUGACGUGCAUCGGCUCGGCCGGUACCGGCCGCCGCGCCGCCGCCUCCAUAGUGUGCACCGCGCUCUCCGCUAACUUGUACAUCGUCGACCAACGCAACCAGUUCAACAACGUCUUUAAAAACGUGCUGACGUCAGCAAGCGAAGGGUCCCGUACGUUACUGGUGAUUUGUGAAGCGGUGGCCACAGAUGAUAUACUAGCAUUCGUAGAGGCAUUUCUUAAAGCGAAAUCUAUACAUGUGCUUCCGUCCAACAUUGGAGCAUCAUUGGGACAAGUACAGCAGUCGCAACAAAGCUUAACAGACGUAAAACAGAAUCUAGGCAUAAUGAUUUGCCUGGAUAAAGAUCAAGAGAACUUGAACCAACUGCUCACUUCGCAUCCACUAUUACACAGUACAAGCAGGCUGUGUUGGCUGGACCACUGGUCCAACGAGACCUUGCGUCAGAUGCCUUCGCUUGUCGUACAGAGGUUAAUAAAAGAAAACGCCCAAGAAAUGUUUAAAGAAGAACUAGACAGCAUUCCUAUCGAAGGAUUUGUUAGCAUUUACAAAAGCCUAGAAACAGAAUGGGUCCGUGCGCCGUGCCGCUACAUGCACUUCAUAAGAACGUACUACCACAUUUUAAGCAACAAAAAGCAAUCAUUAUUGCAACGGCAGAAUACAUUAUCUGCGGGCGUAGAAGCGCUGAAACGGGCACGCAGCGAAGUGGCAACUUUACAAGAAGAAGCCGCCGUGCAAGAAGUUGCGUUGUCAGAGAAACAAGCGAAGGCCAACCAGGCGUUAGAUCAAAUCGGCGCUACUGUGCGCGCUACCACCGACAAGAAGGAAGAAAUGCACGAGUUGAAGAAGAAUAUUGAACUCGAGAAUGAGAAACUGCAGAUUCGGAAAAAGGAAAUCGAAACAGAACUAGCAUCAGUCGAGCCAAUUAUAGCUGCAGCGCGCGCUGCCGUCGGCGAUAUUCGACCAGAAUCUCUCAGCGAAGUACGUUCACUGCGAGCGCCGCCUGAUGUGGUGCGCGAUGUUUUAGAAGGUGUACUCCGUCUCAUGGGCAUCGCGGACACUUCCUGGCAUUCCAUGAAGAACUUCCUCUCUAAACGCGGUGUCAAAGAGGAUAUUAGGUGCUUGGACGCGAGCCAAAUCAGCGCAGAAGCGGUACUAUCAGUGGAGAAGUUGUUGGAGAAACGCGGCGCAUCGUUCGAGCAGGCAACUGCCAAGCGCGCGAGCGCGGCAUGCGCGCCGCUGGCUGCGUGGGUGCGCGCCAACCUCGCCUACGCGCGCGCGCUCGCUCGCGUGCAGCCGCUGCAACUACAGCAGCGACAACUCCACAAAAACUUGCACCAAGCGGAAGCCGAAUUAGCCGCCCUGUCCAGUGGCCUGGCGACAGUGGACGAGCGCGUGGCAGCUCUCAAAGAGCAAUUGGGGCAACACACACGAGAAGCGGCUGCGAUCGAACUACGACUCUCAACUGCUGUGAACACCAUACAGGCGGCGCGAGACUUGCUCGACCAACUGGCUCACGAGUAUGAGUCUUGGGAGGCUGACUUGCAAAAUAUUUCACGGGAAAUACUAGAAUUAAACCAAAGAUCACUACUGGCAGCUGGAUAUCUUGUAUAUUUGUCAGAUUUAACUGAACCCCAGUCGAGGAAUUACUUGAAAAAGUGGGGAGUAUUAUUAAACUUUGAAGACUCUUCGUUCUCUGUUAUUAACUUUCUUUCAACCGCUGAGAAGCAGUUAAAAUGGGAGGCAGAUGGUCUGUCACAAGAUCAGUCUGCCAUCAAAAAUGCUGUGUUUAUUGAUCAGUAUCUUGAGGCACACGCGUGCAGCCUAACGCCAUUGAUCAUCGACCCGGAGCGCGAGGCAGAGGCAUGGCUCGGCCACACACUCGCCGCUACGCCGAGCGAUUUCGUUCCUCAGCACAGUGACAAGCUCCACACCGCUCUGCAGUAUGCGGUUAGGUUGAACCGAGUCAUAGUGGUAACUGAAGUGGAAAACAUAGAGGAAUGGUGGUGGAGCAUAAUAAGUUCAGGCAAAACGCGAGCGCUGCUCGUGACGCGCGACGCGAAGCUAUUGACGCGAGUAUCGCCGCAUGUGCUGACGAGGCUCGCACCCUUGCAUUUCACUGCAAGACUUCAUGCGCUUGUCGAUCAAUUAGUCCACUAUGCGAUGCAAAAACAAAAUCCUGAAAUGAAUGAAAAAUCGAAAGAAAUUAAAUUAACGAGGGCUACCCUACAAAAACAGCAAUAUGAAUUACAGGAGAAUCUUCUCAAAGAUCUGUCUAGCAACAGUGAUAUAUUACACGAUGCGAAUCUACUCGCGUCUCUCAAAAAGACGCGUACGACUAGCGUUACUAUAUCGGAAGCCCUGACUUCAGCGAAGACUAUUGAAGUGGAGACGAAGGCAGCUUGUGAGGCUUAUGAGGCCAGUGCGAUUCGUGCUGCGCAUUUGGCGCUCGCGGUGAAACAGUUGAGCUCUCAGAGACCGCUAGUAUCUCUGCCGAUGGAUGCUGUACUUGACGUCUUUGUAAGCGCAGUUCGUAGAACAGGGAAUGAUCCCAAAAAUAUAAACUCAGUGGAAGUCACAAAGUAUUUUACGAGAAGAAUCAUAGAGCGCGUACUACUCAGCUUGCACAAGAAAGACAAGUAUAUCUGUGUCAUGCACUUGCUGAGACAAGUCUACGACCAUCUCAUACCGGAAAAGAUGUGGCAAUUAUUAAUUGGAAACUUUAGUCUUAUUGAGGACAAAAAUGUGGUUAUCGAAAUUAAAAAACAGUACCAGUGGCUAAGCGAUGAUUGUGUGAAAAAAUUAGCACAAAUAAAGGUGCAGGAUGACGACUUAUUUGCAAGACUUUCUCUCGAUAAAUCUGACAAUUGGUUGGAAUUCCAAAAGUCAGGGGAUCUGCAUGCUAUCGGCAAACUGAAUCUAAGUUUAUUUGAAAACAUUGUCGCGGUAGCAGCCAUGCGACCUGACAGUCUGUACAGAGCAAUCAUUGCAUUUGUGGAUGAUCUACUAGGAGCCGGUAGCGUUGCGGGCGGGGAGAGCGUGGGCGCGGCGGCGCGCUGGGCGGCGCCCGCGCGGCCCGUGCUGCUGCUGGCGGCGCAUGCGGCUGACGCGCUCGCUGCGCACGCGUACGCUAACUCGCGUACCCUGCUCACGGUGGGAAUAGAAGAAGGCCGUACCUCUUGGGAAACAGCUCUGGAAACCAGCCGAGGUGGAGGUUGGCUCGCCAUACUGGUGGGCGCCUCGCCUUUCACGCGAGACUUGCUUUCCUUCCUCGCGUCACUCGCACAGAGGCCGGGAAGCGAUUUUGGCGAUGAAUUUCGAUUAUGGAUAUUAGCUGAAGAUCGCGAUAUUCCCACGAAUUUAUCGAAUAUGUGCAUUAACGUUGUUCUUGAGGCAGCAGAAGGUGUGAAGCGCAACGUGUGCAACACGUUGAGCGCGUGGGGCCGCGUGCAGGGCGACGCGGUGCUACUAGGGCUCUUUGCGCGUCUCGCGCUGUUCCACGCACUGGUGCAGGAGCGUCGCGCCUACAUCCCGCAAGGUUGGUCGCGCUGGUACGCAUGGGAGUGGGGCGACGUGAGCGCGAGCCGCGCGGCCGCGCAGCAGGCGGGUGGCGGGGACGCGGCGCGCGAGCUGUGCGGCGCGCUGUACGCCGCGCGCGCGGACGGGCGGCGCGACCGCGAGCUGCUGCGCGCGCUGCUGCGGCGCUGCAUGCUCGAUGCCGCCAGCGCGCUGCCCGCGCCGCUGCCGCUCUCCAGUAGCAUGCAGGAGUAUAUAACAGCGUAUGAGGCGUUGCCCGACAUCGACUCGCCGCAGCUGCUGGAGCUGCCGGCCAACUGCCGCAUUGCGUGGGAGAACAACGCCGCCGGGAACAUCGUCGCGGGGCUAAGAGAAUUGAACACGACUGCGGCAAUCAAAAAGACAGAUGCUAAGACUCCUUUGAAGACACUAUUGGCAUUGUGGAAAAAGUUAAUGUCCGGCUGUCCUCUUAUCAAAUCAGACUAUCAUGUCGAAAAGGUGGGUGGCGGGUGGUGGGGCGCGGUGUGCGCGGCCGAGCUGCGCGACGCGGGGCAGGCCGCGCGCGCACUGCACGCGGGGCUGGCGCGCCUCGCGCACGCCUCAUCGCACGUGCCCGCUCUGCUGCACAAGGUGCCAGAUGAGUGGCAGCUGCAGUGGGCCGGUCCCGAUAUACCGGAGGCGUAUCUCAAAGAGUUCUGUUAUCGUGCCCGAGCGGCGGUCGAGCGAGCUCGAGCGAAUGAACUCAAAUCUAAUGAGGACUAUUUUCCUACAGAAGUGGACCUGCGUUCGUUCGUGCGUCCGCAGCGCGUGCUGUGCGGCGCGCGCGCGCACUCGGCCGCGCGCCGCGCUUGCUUCGUCGACGCGCUCGCUCUCACUGUUAAGUGGGAUGUUACCACUGAGAAUAUUACGGACGGCAUGGUAGUGCGCGGGCUGCAGCUGAGCGGCGGUGAGUGGCGAGCGGGCGCGCUGCACGCCGCGUCGCGCGCUGCGCCGCCGCAUGCGCCCGCGCCGCCGCUGCUGCUGCGCUAUGUGCCGCAGGACGCGCAGUCGGCCCCGUACGGCGAGCACGCGCACGCGUUCGAAGUGCCGGUGUACGCGAGCGCGGCGCGCGACGACGAGCUAGCGCGGGUGCGCGCGCCGCUGCACGCACAAUUCGCACCGCGCACUGCGCUUUUACACGCGCUCGCGCUCUUUGUAGCGCCCUGCGAUUGAAUUCUUGCGCGCGAAACUAGUAGUGACGUCUGAACGCAAGGCAUGACUGCACAUAGCCACUCAUUGACUAGUAAAUAGCAAUACAACCAGUACAAAAUAAUCACACAUCAAAGCUUAAAGCACUGCACGCGACGCUGACGCACGACCUAAGAGUCGGUACUCGAUACCACUUUAAAACUAGUCUCCAAUGUUUUAGUAUUUAUUU